GCAGAGGAGGAGGUGCUGAAAGAAGACCGGCAUAGUUUGGAAAAAGCGAUUGAGAGAGAGAAAAGAUGUGAGGAAGCUUGCGCGCGCUCUCUCCGGCAUGGAAAACUGGAUUAUUGCGCCCGCUGCAACUCUCUGUGGAUGUGUGAAUAAACCAAGAAGAGGAGGAGGCACACGGGAACACCACUAAACCUGCUUUUUUUUUUUUUUUUUUAAUUGAAAUUUGUUUGUUUUUUUCAAAAUGGGAACUAAGUGUGCUCCUUUUUGCUGCUGUGCAAAGCUCGGCGUGCGUGUGCGCCGGGCGUCACGUCAGGGCUGAAGCCCCGCCACCCUCCCUCCCAUGAGCCCGUGUGCCCGGAGACGCACACCCGGCGCCGCCACGCCACGCACGCACACCCGGCGCCCGAGCACGCACCUGGCCUCCCCCACCGCGCCAGUCCAGCCGAGCCCCGUCGGAGCCUGAAGGAUGUCGACGGAGAUGGAGCUCCAGCCGGCGGUCCGGCCCGGCAGCCUCAGGCGGGACUCCAGGAGGAAAGGGCAGGAUCGCAGCGAAGCGACUCUCAUCAGGCGCUUUAAGGGAGACGGCGUCCGCUACAAGGCUAAGCUCAUCGGCCUGGACGAGGUCACCGCGGCCCGCGGAGACAAACUCUGUCAGGACUCCAUGAUGAAGCUCAAGGGUAUCGCUGCUGCGGCGCGGUCCAAAGGCGAACACAAGCAGAAAGUGUUCCUGACUGUUUCCUUUGGAGGGAUCAAGAUCUUUGAUGAGAAGUCAGGGGUCCUGCAACACCAUCAUGCCGUCCACGAGAUCUCCUACAUCGCCAAGGACAUCACGGACCACAGAGCGUUUGGCUACGUCUGCGGGAAGGAAGGCAACCACCGCUUCGUGGCCAUCAAAACCGCACAGUCGGCUGAACCCGUGAUCCUGGACCUGCGGGACUUGUUCCAGCUCAUCUACGAGAUAAAGCAGCGCGAGGAGAUGGAGAAGAAGGCCCAGAAGGACAAACAGUGCGAGCAGGCCGUCUACCAGAACGGACAUCAAAGCACCUACCACCACCAUCAACAUCAUCAUCAUCAUCAACAACAUCAUUCUCAUUAUCACCCGCAACCCCCCCAGGCGGGACUAAGUGAGCCUCAGGAGCAACAUCAGCAUCAGCAGGCGGAUCUCAUAGACUUAGACCUGGAGACGGUUUCUCAGAAUAUCAACCAAUUAGAGCUUUUCGGAGACAUGUCCACACCUCCUGACAUAACUUCGCCGUCGACCCCGGCCUCACCCGCAAACCCCCUGGACCCGUCGCAGGGCCUGCAACCUCCCACGGAGCUGUUUUCCCCCUUCAACCCUGCGUCUGUGCCCUCAGGUUAUGUGACAAUGGGGGCGGUUCCCUCUGGACACUGGUCCCAGCAGGCGUUCGCCGCUCAGACGCCGCUGGCCUUUGGGGUGCAGUCCCCUCUGGGCCCGAUGGCUCAGGUGCUGCCGGGCGGCCAGCCUCUCAUCUGGGGUCAGGCCAACAUCUUCCCCGCCACCCAGCAGCAGUGGGCGGCCAUGGCGGCCGGAGCCUUCCCCCCCGCAGCCUACCUCCCCGCCCAGCCCGUGGGCACGCUGCCCAUGUUCCAGGCGCUCACCCCCGUCACCGCCGUGACGGCGGCCGGCGAAACCCAUUCAGGUGCAGGCGCUCCGGCUCCUUCCGCGUCGUCGAGUCCGCAACAUGAGGAGCGGGCGAAGAAGAUGGUCAAGGAAAUGUUCAAGGACUUUCAGCUGGCAAAGCCGCCGGCGAUGCCGUCAAAGAAGGGCGAGCAACAGGCCAGCUUGGCGGGCACCUCAGAGGCAUUCAGCACUUACUUCAGCCGUGUCGGCACCGCCCAGGACACGGACGACUGCGACGACUUUGACAUCUCCCAGAUGAACCUGACGCCGGUCACCUCCACGACGCCCUCCACCAACUCUCCCCCCACACCGGCUCCCCACCAGAGCUCGCCCUCCAAAUCGUCCGCCUCGCAUGUCAGCGACUCCCCCACGGACGCUACCGACCCGCCCACCGACGACUCGUUCGGGGAAGCGGAGGGCAGCCCGAGCCGCAGCGGGGAGGAAGAUGCUGCUUGUGGUUCUGGGUCGCCCUGCCCCAGUGAGCCAACAGGGCCCAGCCCAGACCAGGCCAGUCCAGAGGCUGGGAGCUAGAUAGCAGCAGGGCACGAAGGAGAAGGACCCUCUGUACGCCCGCAUCAACAAAGGGAAGAAAUAAAGAGACACAGAAACAGCAAGGCGGCCCGGACCAGCACUUAGAAAACUGGAGGAGGGAGAGCCCCCACUUGUUUGUAUGAGCGUGAAUGUGUGUGUCGGAUCUUCCUGCCUCCUCUUUGCUCCUCGACUCCAGGCAGGACAGGCAUCCACACGAAUGGACUUUUCCUUCCCUUGUCUCCUGCUCUCCUGCUCUCCUCCCUCCUUACUCGGCUUCCUCCUCCAUCUUUGCCGUCUGUGUGGACUCUGUCGCGGAGGCCCGUCGUUGGUUUGACUCUGGUGCAGAAACAAACUCUCUGGGAGCUACUCACUCGCCAACCGCACACACGUACACACGCAUACACACAUGCAUACGACUGACCCGACCCGUCUCCUUGCAGACUGAUUUAAAAGGACCGGAUUAACGUGGAAGGGACAAAGAGUUCAUUCUCUGCAUAGCUUUUUGUACAUUACUAAUGACAGGAAGAAGAAACAAUGAAGAAAAGAGCCAACUGAAGGAAAAAAUAAUGUUUUUUUUUUCUUUGUUUUAUAAUUCAAUUGAGCCGCAGCUCGGUAGGGGGCGAUGUAGAGUGGCUUUAAAAGCAUUCUGGAUCACGGGGUUUGCCAUUUUGUAAAUAAGCAUGACCCACGGUCACCACCACUGACCCCACCGCGUCAGACCUCUGCGCCAUCAAAUAGGGACAUCAAAUAGGGAGGCUUCGAGUUAUGCAAACCUUUGAACCCAAGCAAUAGCCACAAGCGUUUCCUGCCCUUUCGGUCCGAUCCUCGCCACCGCAGUGAGCCUCACGUUCCCGUUUACAGCUCCGUCUGACUCAUCCCCCUGCCCACUUUUAGAAAACAGUGGUACCUUGAUUUACGACAGUUUAGUUUAUUUUUUUUCAAGUUACGAGCUUUGCUGUGUUGCCAAAAUUAGAGGUUACGAUCAAGAGUCAUAUACAGCGCCACUAGAUGGCAGGAGUGAAAAAUAACAUAUCCCCAGCAUCCUGCGUCUCACUCCCGCGAGCUCAGUCACAGAAUAAAUUCAACUCGAAAGUCAAGGCACCACACUACAGUCGAACCUCUAACGGAGAAUUCUCCAUCCAGAAUUUGAAACAAAAAAAUUAAGAGUGUGUGUCAUUGGCUUUUGCCCAAAAGCCACAUCAGGGCUGCCAGACAUGAAAAAUGUGAUGAUAGCGUGGUAUGGGGGUCUCUGUCCUGGCUGCUCAGUACAAUAUGGUGACUUCAAUAAUAGGUCUGAUGUCAAUAUGAUUAAUAAAAUAAGUUUUUAACAUUUAAGUUGUUUUUAACAUUUUGCAGUUAAAACUCGUUCACUUCCAGCCUUCACAGUUAACAUGGAUAUUUGACUUCCAAAGCCGUCAAUGGCAGCGAAUGUGUUUUUUAACUUCUAUUUACAUUUCUAUGAAAGUUAAGGCCAUUUUGGCAGUGGCACCAUGCCUGAAAAUUCACUAAUAUUUAUAAUUGCAUGUAUCCUGGUGUCCUGGUGGUCUCAAGGACCAAUGCUCUAAAUUGAACAGCAAGUCCGCCAUUAUGUUUGGAAGCAGCCAAUUGUCGCUCAGUAACGCCCCCUGGAAAGUUAGAAAAAAUUUGCCCCUGACACCAGUUUCAACUAAGGACACGACAUUGGGUGGAUGUGUCUAUCAUAACAGGAUACACGAAAAAGUAUUUAGGACCAAGACAGGAAAUUGAACAUGAAGUCAGCCAUUUUGGUUUGAAGCAGCCAUUUCGGGCAAAUUUCAGGGCUUGUGCUUGAACGAAAUCCUCCCAGGGAAUUCGCCCAAAUGUGCCCCAAUCGGAAACAGGUAUACCAGACGGACGGACGAUGCUAAAUUGCCAAGCUUUUCUAACUUACGCCAUAUAAUGUUGAUGAAGAAUGGUGUCAAAAUUUGAUGACGAUUUCAAAGCUUUGCCAUAAAAAGUGGGUGCAAGGGUCUGUUCAUCGCAGCUUGUGUAGUCUUUAUUUCUAUUUCCUUUGCUUCCAUUGGUUACCCAACAUCCAUCUUUCGAGGUAGCACUGUAUUCUAAUCCACACACCAUAUGAUGGUCUACAUCCAACAACUCCCUGUUUCAUGGCUCUUUGGGACCCAGACGAUGACGAUGAUGAUGAUGAUGAUGAUGAUGAUGAUUAACAUGCUGUUCUAGAAGCGCGAGCAAAGACUUACACACACAAAAAAAAGCAGGAACAUUUCUAGAUUUUACCUCAACUAACAGUUUCUUAAUGUAAAUUGACAUUAUUUUUAUCUUCAUAAAUAUAUAACAUUAUACACAGGGGUUUUUAGCUGAUUUAACUUUUUUUUUUUUUUUUUUAGGUUUGGAUUCGCUCUUAAUUUCCAUAUACCAACCAUGUAUUACUG